AUGUCGGAUGAAUGGAUAGAGAAAGGUCUUGUUGCUGAAGCUGCCCGUCAGAGACAACUAGAGACGGUCAACUUUCGACUUAUGAAACUCGAUUUCGACGGCGUCGAACCUGAGCUUGGCAUGCACUUGUUAUCAUUACACUGGAACCGGCAACACCAUUCUUUCCUUACUACCUAUCGCCCAGCCUUCAUGCGUGACAUGGCAUGCGGCGGUCCGUACUUCUCCAAACUUCUCUUGAAUGCCAUCUACUUCGGCGCAAGUAAGUUCAGCCCACGGCACGAAGUUCGCCGUGUAGCAGACGAUGUCCGCACUGCUGGUUGGCAAUUUCGUGAAAGAGUGAGAGAACUCCUGGGAGGCGCUUUGGACAAGAGCGAAAUCACAACAAUUCAAGCGUUGCUAGUUAUGACCAACUCGUUGUUUGCUCUUGGCGAUGAGCGCAGUGCUGCCUGGCUGUACGCUGGGUUGGCGUUUCGCAUGAUCGUUGACCUUGGUCUUCACGUUGAUAAGCCUGAAUUUGCAGGGUAUCGUAAGCUUUCUGAUGAGGACCAUGAGAUCCGACGUCGCGUUUUCUGGGCAGCAUUUGUCGUCGACAAGAUCCAAAGCCUCUAUCAAGGUCGCCCAGUGAGCAUGACAGAGACACUCGUACCCACCAAAUUUCUCGACACCUACGAAGAACUUGAGCAUUGGACGCCCUUUUCCUAUUCCACGCAACCAGACGCCGUCUAUCUAGGUUCGCCGGCUUAUAGUAUCUCCACGUUUCGACACCUUUGCCAGCUCUCGGUUAUUCUGAGCGACAUACUCAGCACCAUCUAUACCGAAAGAAGCUUCGACGUAAGCCCUACAGAGCUGUCCACCAAGUUGGAGAGCAUACAUCAAAAGCUGUUAACAUGGCGUGGGCUUCUGCCCGAACACCUCACGGUAGAUGUAGCGGAAGUAGCGGCGACACCUCCUCCGCAUGUCCUAAGCUUACACGCCUUGUACCAUGUUCUCACGAUUCUCUUGCACCGACCCUUCGUCGCAGAUGGGCAUCUCUACAAUACAUCACGCGCCAUCUCCGUGAACUCGUUUAUGGCGUGCGCCACUGCGGCGGAUGCUAUUGUACAGCUCCUGAGAGCAUACGACAAAACGUUCAGUGUGCGGAGAGCCCCUUACCUGAUUUCCUAUGCGACUUAUGUUGCUGCCACUGUGCAUGCCCGUAUUGCAGCCAAGCGUGGUGCCGGCUCACAAGCUCACAAGAGCCUAGAGACUUGCUUAGCCGUUUUCCGCGACAACCAAGAGACUAACUGGGCUGUACGACGCGCCAAUGCCAUUAUCCAGAGCCUGAUGAAGAGAUUGGGUGUUGUUGCACCCGAGCUGAAUGACAUACACAUCGGCAGUGGUGAAGACAACCACAACAGCGCACCAGACGUUUCUUUGGGCAGUGCAAUGAAUCGCGAACCAAGCUUGCAAAGCUUCGAUAUCGAUGGCAUUAUCCAGAGUUUUGUCCGAGAUCAGGACUCGUCGCAUAUGCCGCAGCCAGGUUCAAUGGACCCUGCUGCCGACAUGGCUGUACCUGGAGUGCCGCCGUCUGCGUACAGUACCACUGAGACGGCAAACAUGCCCUUUGGGAACCCUGGAGACUGGACUUAUCAGGGCCAACAGCAACCCUUCAGUGAGCAACCGUUUUCAGUAGAUGACCUUCUUUAUGGAUUCAACGGGUCAGAGCUUGAUCAAUUCACAAUGCUGGACUGGGACAUGUAA